AUGGCUUCCGUCGGCUCCCCGCCCGCCCCCGAACUCCUAAUGGCAGUUCGUAACGAGCACAACAAGCCCUCCGUCUUCCGGUCCCUCCUCGUCAUCCGUCUCCUCAACGCCUGGUGGGUCCUCACCUUUUUCCAGCCCGACGAGUACUUUCAGGCCCUCGAACCCGCCUGGCGCAUCGCCUUUGGCCAAGGGAGCGGCGCCUGGAUCACCUGGGAAUGGAGAAACCAGCUCCGCUCCUCGCUGCAUCCCGCCCUCUUCGCCGGCGUCUACACCCUCGCAGACCUCGUCGCCCGGCCCCUCCCCAUCAUCAGGCCAUGGCUCCUCCUCGCCGCUCCAAAGGCCGCGCAGGCCGUCUUUGCCGCCGCCGGCGACUGGUACACCUGGCAGCUGGCCGUCAAGAUCUACGGCGCCGAUAGCUCCGUCUCAUGGUUCGCUCUGUUCAUGAGCAUGUUUAGUCCUUUCCAAUGGUACUGCUCCACCCGCACCUUUUCCAACUCGCUCGAGACCACGCUCACCAUCAUGGCCCUCAACUACUGGCCCUGGGAGCUCCUCGGUGAUGCAAAGACGGAAAAGGAGAACCCCAAGCCCGCAAGGUCCAUCUUGCACACGCCAGGGACGCUCACUAGGUACGUUUCCGUCUCUCGCAUCCUGACACCGGCCGGCUACCCACCUGAACCGGCCUCCAAAGAAAAACACAUUCACUCACACGCCAACAGUCUCCGCCUAUCCCUCGUCCUUGCCGCAACAGCAGUCCUCCUCCGCCCAACAAACAUCCUCAUCUGGAUACCAAUCGCCCUCGCAACUCUCCUCCGGCCCCUCCACUCCGGCUCCGGACCCGGCUCCACCACCUCCGUCCUCACCCCGCAAACCAUCCUCCUCCUCCUCCGCGAAGCCCUCCUCUGCGGCACCCUCGUCCUCUCCCUCUCCCUAACCUCAGACCGCCUCUACUUUGGCCAAUGGGCCUUCCCCCCCUACAAAUUCCUCUACUUCAACCUCUCCCAAUCCCUCGCCGUCCUCUACGGCCGCAACGACUGGCACUACUACCUCUCCCAGGGCCUCCCCCUCCUGUCAAUGACCUACCUCCCCUUCGUCCUCCUGUCACUCUGCAACCCGCCCUCACCACCACCACCACCACCGCGCUCCACCAAACUCCCCAGCAAAGCAACCCUCAAGACCCUCACCUGGACAGUCUACGCCACCAUCGCAGCCCUCUCCGCCGUCUCCCACAAAGAAGUCCGCUUCAUCUACCCCCUCCUCCCAACCCUCCACAUCCUCGCCGCCGCGCCCCUCGCAUCCUUCUUCACCACCCCGGCCCCGCCACCGACCCCGCGCUCCCCGCUCCCGAAGCCCCGCCUCCGCCGCAAGCGCCUCCUCGCCUCCGCCCUGGGCCUCCACGCCGCAAUCGCCCUCUUCCUCACCCUCCUCCACCAGCCCGCGCCCCUUACGGUCCUGGCCUUCCUCCGCACCUCGUACGCACGCAUACACCCGGAGCAGGCCGCCACAUCGGCCCCGAUCGCGUCCCUGGCCUCGGCCUCGUUGGCUUCCUCCUCCUCCUCCUCCUCCUCCUCCUCCUCCUCCUCAUCACCGCCAACACCAGGCUCACCAUCCUCGCCAACGACAAAAGAAUCACAAGGCAACGAACUCUUCGCCCUCUUCCUGACGCCAUGCCACUCCACCCCCUGGCGCUCCCACCUCCUCCACCCCGCCCUCCGCGCCCGCGCCCUCACCUGCGAACCGCCCCUCCACACCAAACCAGACACCCCCGAACGCGAAGCCUACCGCGACGAGGCGGACCGCUUCUACGACGACCCCCAGCUCUUCAUGGCGACCGAGUUGUGGCCGGCAGCCGAGGCCAGGUCCAGCCCCGACUCCGACUCCGAGCCAGCAGCAGCAGCAGCAGCAGCAGCAGCAUCAUCAUCAUCAUCAUCAGCACCACCAGAAGACAUACCCCGCUACAUCGUCGGCUUCGAAGGCAUCGAACCCUGGCUCCACGACUUCUUCUCCUCCCCCCACGGCGCAGGCCACAACCUCGGCGUGAGCCCGAAACGCGUCUGGUCAGGCUGGAACGGCUUCUUCAACGAGGACGCCCGCCGGCGCGGGAGGCUCGUCGUUUGGGAUACGGGGCUGUAUACUACUGUAUCCUAA